AUGUUAAACAAACAAUCUCCACCAAUUAAUGCUAUUAUUCUUCAACUUCUCCCUUGUUUGAAGCUUAUUGUCACCACCAGCACUGGAAUUGAUCACAUUGACCUUAGUGUUUGCAAAUGUCGAGGUAUACAAGUUGCCAAUAUAGGAAAAUUGUACUCAGAAGAUGUUGCGGACAUGGCUGUGGCUUUACUCAUUGGAGUGUUAAGCAAAAUUUCAGCAGCUGAUAGAUUUGUUAGAACAACCAUGCAGUUUGACUUCCCACAAUAUCGUUCUAACUCUAAGCUACAUGGAAAGCGAGUUGGAAUUGUUGGAUUAGGAAGCAUUGGCAGGGAAGUAGCAAAAAGGUUAGAGGGAUUUGGAUGCAUUAUUUUGUAUCUCUCAAGGAAGAAAAAUCCCUUCGUUACAUACCCUUUUUAUUCAAACAUGAUUGAACUUGCAUCUACUAGUGAUGCAUUAGUUCUAUGUUGUCCACAAAAUGAACAAACAAGGCACAUUGUGAACAAGGAAGUGAUGUUGGCAUUGGGAAACAAAGGUGUUAUAGUCAAUGUAGGAAGAGGGUCCCUAAUUGAUGAGGUGGAGUUGGUGAAUUGUUUGAUGGAAGGACAUAUUGGUGGUGCUGGUUUGGAUGUGUUUGAGAAUGAGCCUAAUGUUCCUCAACAACUUUUAGCGAUGGACAAUGUGGUUUUGUCACCUCACAAUGCUGCAUUUACUACUGAAACAUACAUGGCUGCAACUCAACUUGUGGAAGAUAAUCUAGAAGCCUUCUUCUCCAAUAAGCCCUUAUUGACACUAGUAAAAUUGGAAUGAAUAACUUAUGAAAAAUGCUUCCGGAGCACUCUUUAAGCAUCUUAAAUAGUAACUUAUAUGUGAA